ACAAUAUUUUCUUAUUGUUUGCCAUAUAUUUAAUUAUAAGGGUGAAGAAAAAAAUCAAACAGGCACAGUGAAAAUUUUGAUGUCUGAUAAUGACCCUUAGGGCUUAUCAUCUGAAAAUGGUUAAUCUUAGACUUUAGGAGUUCUGAAAAAUGUAGAACAUUAUGUUAAUCUCUUAUCUACUCUCAGAAAGACAGACCAGUCCAGAGAUUGAAGGCCUAAACCUGUCCACAUUUGAAGAGUCUAUGAUGCCAGCAACUGAACUACAAGAUAUUAGAUUAUUCGUAGCAACAUGGAAUGUGGGAGGAAAGACACCCAACAAUGGCCUCAACCUUGAAGACUUUUUGCAGACUGAGGACUCUGCAGACAUAUAUGUACUGGGGUUUCAAGAAAUUGUUCCUCUAAGUGCUGGAAACGUUUUGGUGAUAGAAGACAAUGAACCUGCAGUAAAAUGGCUGGCCCUCAUAAGCCAAGCAUUGAAUAAACCACAGUAUGAAUCCAUCUACUCUUCUUCUGAUAUAGGGCCUGGUUCCAAAGUCUCAAACAACAACAUCACGAGGGACUCAUCAAAGUGCACAAGCAGUCUUAACUUCUUCCAGAGGCCUUCUCUCAGAGCAAUUAGAAGGAGUUUCAGGGCAAAUAGUACUCUUCUUAAGAGCUGUAAUUGUCAGGACUCACCUUCCAGAGAGAGGUGGAGGGUACGAAAACUUAGUGAACCCUCAGGUAAAUUAUACUCAGCAGGAUCUCAUCAGAUCGGUCGCCAUAGUAGUGUGGAGGAAUACCUUUCCAUUGCAGAAAUACCUUUCUCACCAACCUCACCUUCCUCACCCUCCUCACCCUCACCCACUUCACACAGCCAGAUGAGUUACUCUCUUGUAGCAAGCAAGCAAAUGGUGGGGAUUUUCCUGUCUGUGUGGGCUAGGAAGGAGUUAGUGCCACAUAUUGGCCAUCUCAGAGUCUCCUCGGUAGGAAGAGGAAUAAUGGGUUGCUUUGGAAACAAGGGAUGUAUAUCAAUGAGCAUGUCAUUGCACCAAACAAGCUUUUGCUUUGUAUGCAGUCACUUGGCCUCUGGGGAGAAGGAGGGUGAUGAACUAAAGAGGAAUGCUGAUGUGUGUGAAAUCCUGAAGUGUACACAAUUCCCUAAGAUCUGCAAGAAUCCAAAUAGCCGAGCCCCAGAAAGAAUUAAUGAUCACGAUCGAGUAAUUUGGCUUGGAGAUUUGAAUUAUCGGGUAGCUUUGACCUAUGAGGAAACAAGGGUUCUGUUGGAGGAUAAUGAUUGGGACACUCUCCUGGAGAAGGAUCAGUUGAAUUUAGAGAGAGAAGCAGGUAGAGUAUUUCCUGGUUUUGCUGAGGGAAGGAUAUAUUUUGCCCCCACUUAUAAGUAUACACACAAUUCAGAUUCUUAUGCUGGAGAAACAGUCAAAUCCAAGAAGAAACGCCGCACCCCUGCAUGGUGUGAUAGGAUAUUAUGGCGUGGCAAUGGCAUUGAGCAGCUAUCUUAUAUUCGUGGAGAAUCAAGAUUCUCGGAUCACAGACCUGUGUGUGCUGUCUUUACAGUGGAAGUGGAAAUAGAGAACAAGAACAAUAAUAGGUUCAGAAUGGGCUAUACAUGCGCUGGUCAAAGAUUUGAUUUUGAAGAUUGCAUUCCUCAAAGGCACAGUUUGUAUGAGUUAUAAUCAAAUGUGCAAUUCUUGUAUAUUUCAUUAGGGUCUUAUGGAAGAAGAGGGUAUGAGACUCUUUUGAUUUUUUUUUUUUUUUCAGCUAUAUCUUUUAACUUUUUCUUUGUAGAAGUAUAACAAAACGAAGAGAUUAUAUGAAGUAUAUAAGUAGGACACUAACUACAAAAUUACAUUUAAUUUACAUC